CACUCUGCUUUCUUCUUCCAAAUUCCAUCACACUUCAUACUACGCUUUGUUGUUCUCAAGGUCGACGGCAUUGAAAACCCUUGCAAGCUCAGUAGUUUUCAAAGGGGCUUUUGUUGUUAGCACGAAAUCAAGGGGGUUUGAGUGGAGAAUGACGGCAACGAUUAUAGACACAAGGAUGGGGACAGAGAAAAGUGAAGGGAAGAAGGUGUGCAUCUUUGAUUUAGAGGAGGAUCUGGCGAUGGCCCUUACAAAAUACACCACCGACUUGUUUGAUAAGGUCUCUGAAAUGAGGAGCUCGUUUACUGUCGAUUUUUUGUUGUCUCGCCACCGUCGUCACUAUAGUAGAGGCUUGGAGACCUAGUUUUCAAACACAGUGAAUGAUGAUCAACCUAAUCCUCCCUUUUCUCCUUUAGAAAUCGCAGUAGAUAAGUCAAGUUUUUUCCAUUUGUAUGAGGAAACGUUGGGGUUUUUAUCUCAUGUCCAUGUACUAGGAUUUGGAGUCUUGAAAUGUAUUCUUGAUUUUGACUUUGUGGGUUGUACUUAUUGCUUUCUGGUGAUGAGUAAUUUGGGUUUCUCCAGAGAAGAUGAAAUCUAAUCUGGGAUUCUCAUUGGAGAAAAUAAAAAACCCAAUCAAAAGAAUUUAAUUUU